AUGAAAAGCGAAAAACAGAAAUUUCAUGUUUUCUUCCAGGUGCUUUUUGUGAUGUUUACCAUCAACACAGGAUGUUCAGCGUGGAGGAACCCGCCUGGUCUCAGUGGUGUAGUAGCCCCGUGUCCUCCAGGUCCACAAGGUGAAGUGGGUCCUCCCGGGGAUCCAGGACAACCCGGGUAUGCUGGCUUGAAAGGCAUUAAGGGUGAAGCAGCGACCCCGUUUGCCAGACCCCCUCCUGGUGAGAAAUGCCGUUGUCCCAGUGGUCCAAAGGGGAGCGGAGGUAUUGUGAUUUACUUGUGUUUUGUAGAUGGCGAUUUCGAGUGCAAGUUUUAUAGUAAAUUUUAAUCAAAGCAAGAACGACAUCCAACACCACAGCUAGAAAGAGCAUCUUAGAACGAAUAAAACUGCAAAGUUUGGUUGCGAAAUGUUGUAAAAUGAAGAAAUUGUAGCCCUGUGAAGUUCGCAAAUUUUGUACUAUAUUUGUAUUACGCGCGGUAAAAAUAACCACUUUCGGCUCAAAAAUGGUUAUUUUUCUCGCGCGUAAUGCAAAUAUAUACAAAAUUUGCGAACUUCACAGGGCUAUAUUUUCUUCAUUUUACAACAUUUCGCAACCAAACUUUGCAGUUUUAUUCAUUCCAAGAUGCUCUUUCUUGCUGUCGGGUGUUAGGUUUUGUUCUUCUUGCCUAGAUCAAAAUUUAGUCUAUAGCAGAGCUCGGAAUCAUCCAUUACUUAUAUUGAAGUGUACAUGCCCAAAAGCGUUUCCAAUUUAUGAACAACGAACCUCAACUUUAACAGUGGUUUCAUUGCAAAUUUCAGGUGAAACUGGAGAUCCUGGUCGAGUAGGAUUGCCGGGUAGGAUUGGCGGUCCUGGACCAUGGGGACUGAAGGGUAAUCAGGGUCUACCGGGGGUACCUGGGAUACCUGGUGUUCCAGGACCACCCUUACCACGUUACCCUCCUAGCACUCCUGACGUCAUGUAUAUACCAGUGGCGUUCCAUGGUAAAGUACCCAGAACAAUGUGUCACCAUAUCAGAAAGCAAGCUUACGGUGAGUAUUACAACCCUGAGUAUCUUAAUCCAGCAUCCCAAGAGCUCAACCGGUUCAUAGCAUUGUGUUAACCUAUUGAGAGUUGAUGAGAGUUGGCAUGCAUGCAUUGGCACAGGGCAGGGUGUUAGCCAGAAGUAAAAAAAAAUCCGCGUUUACCUGAAAUUGGGAAAUUUAUUUUAGCCUGAAGCUGGGCAUUUCUUUGUGGGUCUGGGGGCAUGCGGUUGCCCCCUCUCGAUUUUGAAAAUUUUUGUGUCUUUGAAAUGGCAUUUCCCGCAUUUUGGGAGUAAUUUUGAGCAAAUGUAGUUAUAAACAUGUUUUUAAUGGCGUAUUAACAACAUUGAAUUUCUAUAACUUUUUUUUGGCUGACCCAAAUUGGGAAAUUGCGACCUCAAGGUAAUUGGGAAAACCGCGUUUAACGCGGAAUUUUUGACUGUAGCUAACACCCUGCAGGGGACAUUUCAAGCUCUAGAUUAACAAAAUAAAGGUUGGAUGAGUGUUCCAACUAUGUUUUAACUUAAAUAGAAUACAUGAUAGUGUUGGGAAAGCAUUAAGAACAGCUAACCAAGGUCACGUGACUGUCAACUCUCAUGCACGAGUUCUCGGAUCCGAGCUUAAUUAAGCAAUAAAGUAAAGCGCAUUAGGGCGGAAUGCAACUUAAUGGGUUAAAUUAGAUACCUUGGUUUAGGUUACUGGUCGGGACAGUUAGAAACUAGCUUUUCAGAGAAUGUUUUGAAACUACACGCUGACAAGCAAUAGCUACAAUCGUCUCACAACUCACUGCGUGUAUAUAAAAUACUUGUACAUUUGAGAAUAUCGCAAUUGGUCAUUCCUAAACCUCAGUAGCAACACGUUUUACUGAGUAACACGUUUUAGUGACACGUUUUAUUAGUGACACGUUUUUAAAUUCUAUGUACGAUGAGCUAAAUGGGUCGAUUCUCUAAAAAGCGAUACUAAAGCAGUUUCUAACAACAUUUUUAAGACGAAAAUGCCCGUACCAUCUUCAUGUUUCGCGUACGAAUAUAUUUCUCAUUCAUUUUGACGGCCCAACCACAACCCUAUCCCAAACAACGGAUAAAGUACGCGAAUUAUCCCACCCUGCGGUCAAUUUGACCCCAGACUAACGACUGACCCCAUAGCAACCUUUUCGCGUUGACUCUUUUUUUGAGUCCAAGAACGGGUGUGUUUUAAUUUUGUCUUCUUUCAGUUCCUGGCGUGCCUCACGACUGGCUUGGCUGGUAUGAAACCGGUAAAUCCAGUUAUCUCACCUUCGAGAAAUGGUUGUACUUCUCAUCAAGAUUCCAAUGUCCAUGUUCGGUCCCAAUCCCUCCCGGUCUGACUCCAAGCCCCGCCGAAUUAUUGCGUUUACUAUAGAAAGAAAUACAGCAACGUUAUCAUGACUGGCGUGUAUUUGGUCGUUUUUGCUGCAGUAGUAAUGCUUAGUGUUUGUAUUGGAUAGAAAAUUUAUUCCAACAUGAUUUCUUAAUUAAGACCAGUUUACACUUGUAAUUUUUGGUCCGAUUUCUAGUGCAAUUUUCUCCUUCUGGUGGAUGUGAACGAGCAGAUGAGUUACGAAUGUUCUGAAAAUCAACAACUUGUUGCAAGUUGAUAUCGACAGGCGUGAACAAGGUUGUGCGGCCCACUAUGAACAGUAUUGUCAACAUGUUGUUACAGCAUUGUUCAACUGUAACAACUUGGAACAACAUGGUUGACAACUUGUUCAUAGUUGGCCGCACAACAUUGUUCACGCCUGUCGAUAUCAACUUGCAACAACCUGUGCGUUUUUAGCCGUGUAUAGGAAGAAGUUAUUUCGCUGACCUCAGAAUGACAUUUCGUCAAGAACUUUUUUCUUCAGGAUUGGUUUAGAAACAAACUUGGAGUAGAGUUAGGUUAGGUUUAGGGUUGGGGUUUAGAGUUUGGAAUAGGGUUAGUGUUAGUAAAACCGUUGCUUUGUUACGUUUUGUCACUCUGAGGCCAGCGAAAUAACCUCUUCCGUAUAUGUAACCUCAGCUGAACAUUCGUAACUCAUCCACUCGUUCACAACCAUCAGAGUAAGGUACGUUUCCCUUGACACGUUUCCGUGACGAGUUGUGUUGCCCGUAUGCACAGAAUGCGGUUGUUUGAACAUUUAUCUCACGUCAAGGCCGACUUUUGUUUGUCAAAACCGACUUUUGUUUGUCAAAACCAAGUAUUUCUUGUACACUUGUUAAACUUUCCAUGGCGUACACACGAACAAAUUUUCCUUGUCCAAAAGCUGGUAUGAUUAGCUUUGGAACAAGACUCCUUGGCAAAGAAAAACUGUCAAUCUUUUGCUGCACACACGAGCAAAUAAAUCUUGUCAAGGGAAACUUUUCAGUCACCUGUACGGAGCCUAAGAAAUUAUGCUGGAAAUUCUCGUUUCUCUGAGGAUGCUUAUGUAAUUUUAAUAUUAAAGUACACAAAACAAAACGUCCAGUGUGGAGUUAUUGUGUUUUAGCGUAUAUACGUGGGGCAUAGUAAAACCCGAUAGAAAGUCAACGAUAAACCUAAUGGUUGGUUAUUUUGUUGUCGUUUCUCUCCUCGCCAUUUUAGGCAUAGACGGAUUUUCAGAUUUUGCUCUGGGGUGGGGGUUGCUGAACAUUCAGGGGAGGGGGGGGGGGUAAGCGAGAGCGUCGAACAAGCUGCAGCUGGGGGCACAGUCACUAGUUGGGUAAGGGGUGGGGGACGAAGCACCCAGGAAAUUUUGAGAUUUUUUGUCGUAUUUAGUUCAAAAUCGUUUUUGUCUUAUUCAGUUCGAAAACCUUAUUUCAAUCAUGCUACUGUCAUUUAAUCCAACGAGCCACGAGCAUUUAAAUUUCUGGGAGGAUCGCAAAUUUCUGUAGGUGGGGUGGGAAAUCUAUCUGAGGGGAUGCAAAAUAUUUUGGAGGGUGUGCAUCCCCUGCCCCCACCCCAAAAAAAAAAAAAAAUCCGUCUAUGAUUUUGGGUUCAAAAUUUAAUUCUUUAUAGUUGCUCAACUGAUAGGAUAUCAGUUUUCAUUUUAAAAAAAUUGAGAGGGGGGUGGUCGGACCCUACUGUGUCCGCCAACGGCCAAAUGGUCACAAUAUCGUCAGUUGGGUUUGCCAAACUCAGGAGAUUAUCUUUAAGAGAACGAGUACACCCAAACCUGGUGCACGUGAUCGGCAUGGUUGAUUAUCAAAUAUGAUAUAUUGACUACAUAGAGUAGGUAUUUCCUGCUUCCUGGUAAUUCCCCCAGCCAUAAUGUGCGGUGUUUUAAGCACCCUGCGGUGUAUAUACUUAUUAAAUUCACAUUACCGAUUCCGGUCUAAUUUUUGCUAAAAAUUUAUCACUUUGGGUUACAUUUGUAAAAACUUUAUCAAAAAACUUGCUGCACAUAUACUCAGUUUAUAGUUUAUACCAGGCACUCCCAAGUAUGUGAAAUGUAACUCACAAAUCAGGACAAGCAUAUUUCCGUUGGCAAACUAUCAAAAGAGUGUAAUGUUACACAUACUUAAGAUAUCAUUACUAACACUGUGUCUGACUACAGUGAAUGAGACAUUGUUUUGAUCAGUGUUGGAUAUACAAACGAUAAAAGGACGAAGACACAUCGCUUUGGCAAAAUAUAACUCCAAAAGUAAGUAAUCCAUACUCUGUUUAUAAAUUAUUGAAAAGAAUGCAUAAAACGCAUUCUUUAGCACAAUAAAACUGUCAUAUUGGUAAGAGCUGGAUUCAAGUGUUAGUGGUGUUGAAGACAACGCGGUCAAAAAUAAACAUAACGCUAUUGCUAAACACAAUUCACACAAGUUGGUUUCAUUGUUUUAUAGCAGAACUGAAGAUAUUUUAUAGCGUCUUGUAUUUUAUGUGUUUGAAAUGUUUUUGGUGUAUUUUAGGAAUGUUUAAUAUGCGCGUUCGCUUGUGGUUAUUGACAUUAAUCGCGCAACAUUAAUUUGCCAUUAUAAAGUUAGAUUGGCAAGACAUUUACCUAACACGUAAACACGUUUGUGUAGGAAAACAGCUUAUGAAGUAAUGUAUUGUUGAUAAAGCGCACUUGCGCCGAACGGGGCGCGCUGAAUGCAAGCGUUAUGUUAUAAUCUUGUAAGAAGGGUUUUAUAUAUAUUUGCCAAUAAUCUUAUAAACCCGUCCUUAUUAUAAUGGCGUCUUUAUAUAUCCGUCAAUAUUUCCUACGCCUUUACAAUCAAUCCAUUGAACUAGCAAACAAAAGAAUUCAGGCGGUAAGGCUGACUGGAAGGUUUGGAAAUUGUGCGCACGAGUUAGAAAGCAUCAAAAUCUCGGUUGCGUGAUACAAAUUUUCCACACUGGGCGGUAAGUAAGUUGGCUUGUAUGCCAGGCCUUGAAUUGUUGUAUGAAAUAGUUUUAAGGCGUGCCUGACACAGUAACAAAACUCUUUAUACGACGAUGAACACAAAACAAUGUUUUCCGUAAAAUCAUAUAUUUCAAAGGAUUUGUUAGACCCGUUGUCCUUGCGCGUCCUGUGUGCAAUAAAACGUCUGGAGAUAUAUACAUUGUUCGUUUUGGAAAAAAACUGAUGUUGUCUGGGUGAAACCUUUCUAGGGACAAAAUAUAUUGAGCACUAGGUUACUGGAAGUCUGCUCAUUUCUUGAAAGGCAAAACAGAACAUUUUUAAAAUACUAUCUUCUUUCUAUUCAACACAAACGAAAAUCCACGUAGAAUAUUCAAAUUGCAUUCACAUAGAACAGAUCCGCUUAUAUACUCUUUGUGCGUUUAAUAGAGAAUUGUAUCAAGAUUUUACUUUAAAUUAAAAAUCUUGCAACGUUGACGCACUGAUGGGGUAGUACAUGUUAUUAUUAACAUUUUGCGGUUUUCACUUAAUUAGAACUAAAUUAACGGCAAAGUGCUAGAAUCUCCUAAGUUGCACGCCAAGGUGACCCCGGACACUUAUGUGACAAUCAUUGCUGUAAAGUGCUUAAAUUAAAUGGUGAUGAUUUUCUACGAGUGUAAAAGUGGUAAAAGCAAGCCUUUAGAGUGCCUACCCCACGGCUAUAGCUAUGCAGAUUGAUGAUGAAAUCCAAAACCAAUUUAAAUCUUAUAAUGAAAUCCAGUCUCCUAUAUUUUCCGCAAAAUGUCGACAGAACGCGGAACGUUUACCGAUAUUAUAUGACAAACCCUUCGCAUAAGCUUCAUAAUUUGCAUCGUGGGAACGACUCGUCUCUUGUUUAAUAUACUGUAGUGUUAACUUCACACGUUAAAAUGGUUUCAUUGUCCGACAUUUUAAAAAGCCCGUGCGAAGGCAUUUAAAUUUUCCGUGCAGGAUUGUCUGUUUCUGAACGGGUAUUGACCAAGCAAAUUGCGUGUUUCACUGUAGUUAUUAUAUAAAUAUCAUUCCCAAAGGUUUUUUGGCAUAUUCUGGUGUACAAGUUUCUGUGAUCACAGUAGGAAUUUUGCAUAGGUAAAUUCUAAGAUUUGAAGGAUUUGUAAGAACUUUUUGCUCAAAUAUUUCUUACAAAUCCUUCAAAACGUAGAAUUUACCGAUGCACAAUUCCUACCGCGAUCACAGAAGCUUUGAUAGUGUAAACUAGCCAACACAAGGAGUCAAGGACAAUGGUUAAAUCAACUUGUGAAAACAUGAUUGUACACAAUUAUUUAGUUAUUUUUUUACUUUUCAGAGAUGACAUAUUUUGUGUGCAUCUUGUUGCUGUUGGUGCAAGCAAGCCUGAUAUCGUCCAAUCAAACGAGGGAAAACAUGGUGAAGAAAGGAAUGUACUUUCCUGUCACGUUUAGUUCAGAAAAACCACCCACAUACUUUUGCUAUCACUUCAGAAAGUUAUGUUAUGGUGAGUUACAGUUGAUCAGGGAUGGACCCUGCCACAACUGCUGGGGGGGGGGGGGGGUCAUUGAACCUUUGUCAUGGUUUGGGGUGGGACUGUUAGGGAACCAGGUAGGGUCCAGGGAGCUAGGUGGUAGUGGAGGUGGUAGGAUAUUGGCAAUCCAAAUAAAGAAAAUUGGUACUCCCUUUACAAAGUUUGGAAGGGUGCACAUCCCUCUUCAAAGUGUUAUUUUCUUCUUACUGAGGCACGAAAGAAACGGAAAAUGUUUUCUCACACACUGCUGGGGGCCUGAUGAAAUCAGGGUGUUUCAGGUUAGUUGAGCAUAUUUUUGUUGUUGCUCAAUGUAGCUUGACAGUAUCCCAACCACCCAGCCCUUUUAUGUUUAUUAGUAGAGAGUAGAGGAACAGAACGGCUUUGGAUUGGGUAUAUGUACUUGUUAUAGUUAUUAUGUAGCGAGCAAUGGACCUUUCCCCUUAUAACUAAAAUCUUGAUCUAGACAAGUCUAGACAAAAAUUUCAUCACAGCUUGAAAGAGCAUCACAGAAUUAGCAAUAUUCCAAAGUUUCGUUGCGAAAUGUUGUAAAAUGCGGAUAAUAUAGCCUUGCGAAAUUUGCAAUUUUCAGUCAUGUUGUAUUACAAACGGGAAAUUGAUGCCCCAACACCCAAUUGGGCUGUCAAUUUCCCAUGCGUAAUACAAAAUGACUGAAAAACGGCAAAUUUCGCAAGGCUAUAUAUUAUCCGUAUUUUACAACAUUUCGCAACGAAACUUUGGAAUAUUGCUAAUUUUGUGAUGCUCUUUCAAGGCUGUGAUGAAAUUUUUGUCUAGAUCAAAAUUUUAGUUAUCAGGAGAAAGGUCCAUUGUCAAGCUUGCGGCUGAUGGUGCAGCAGCUCCCAGCGGUGUGUGAGAACUAAUUUUUUUAUUGCCAAAGUCCUUUAACAGGAAAGUAUUGAUAAUUAAUGUGUUAAAAUCCCACAUUCAGUUCCAGGUGUAUCAAGUGGUUGGCGUGGCUGGUAUCGCAGGGGGUUCAGUGGAUAUUUUAUUCAAAAAUCAUGGAUGUACUACAUGAGCAAAGUUUCGUGUCCCUGUAUAUUCCCGCAACCCCCUACGUACCCUAAUGGUGACUCUGCAGAUUCCAUAAUUCAGCCAAACUAA